GGAGAGAGAAACCAAAAAAACCAAUAAAGAGGAAGUGAGAGUGAGUUCACCCUCUCUCAAGGCUGCUGCUCCUCUUCAGCUGCCUGCUUGCGCUGCCAUUAGAAAAAAGUUUAGUGAUUCUUCUGAGUUUUAAAGUGAGAUAAGCUCCACCAUUAAAAUUCACCUUUGAUGUUCUCUCUGUAGUUUUGAAAGCUCUCGUGUUUGAGUUGAAAUAUUGGGUUCAAGAAUAAGAGAGAAAAGCACUCAUCUUUAUCGUCUCUAACAUUAUAAUGGCAUCUCUUUCCUUUUAACUUCAAAAUCAUUAUAUACUAAAGUAACAAAAUCCCGUUCCAUUAUUAUUUGCCCUUUUCAACAAAGUCCACACUUUUAUUUCUCAUCCUUCCUCUCUUUAUCAUUUUGCUCUUUCUCUCUCUACGAACUGUGUGAGGUUUGCGAGGUGUGUGUGUGCCGUGUGCGUCUGUGCUUUAUUGUGUUUUUUCCUCCAUGGAUUCUUAUGAAGCUACCAAGAUGGUGUUUUCAAGGAUCCAAGUCUUGGACCCUGAAAAUGCCUCAAAAAUCAUGGGUUACCUUCUUUUACAGGACCAUGGAGAUAAGGAGAUGAUACGCUUAGCCUUUGGACCAGAAUCCCUGCUGCAUAAUCUCAUCCUUCAAGCCAAAACCCACUUGGGUCUCACCUCUAAUACACCUACAACACUCUCCACUUCUAGACCCAACCCUUUGUCCAUUUCUUCUUCAAGAAUCACUUUCAACAAUGGCUUCGACGUUACAAACCCAUCUCCACCAUCAUCAAAUUCUUGGCCUAUUCUGAGUCCUAGCUCCACUACUUCCUCACUCUCUUAUGCUAGUGUUGUUAAUGGAACCACUAAUGCCGGUUCCUCAUCUAUAUCAUCUAAUAUGUCGUUAUCUAAUGCAUUUCCACACUACAACAGCAGUAACACUAACAAUAACAGCAGUAAUGAUCUCAUUGAUGAGUAUCAACUUCAAGACCACUUCUCGUUCCUCAAUGAUUCAAAGACCGAUGAUUUGCUUGAUCCUCGGCUUGAGCUAGCCAUGAGCCCAACAUUAGGCGAUGCCCAUUUGCAUAGGAGAAGCUCUUCGGUUCCGGGAAUGUAUUUCGGGUCAGAAUACGCUAAUUACGGGUAUGGAUGGAAGCCAUGCUUGUACUUUGCGAGAGGGUUUUGUAAGAAUGGCACCAGUUGCAGGUUUCUUCAUGGGGAGUCAGCCGAUGGUGCUGCGAUUGUGGGCUCACCAAGUAAACUCAGCGAGUUUGAACAGUGCCAAGAAAUUCUUAGAUCAAAAGCUGCUGCCACCCAGCAGCAAAAGCUAGCUGCAGCCUCACAGUUCAUGGCCGGAGCUUCUUUUCCUUACAACAAGUGCGUGAAUUUCCUUCUGCAACAACAAAAUGACACCCAAAGAUCGGCUGCAGCUGCUGCACUGAUGAUGGGGGAUGAGCUUCACAAGUUUGGGAGAUGCCGCCCUGAAAGGAACGAUUUUUGGCCAUUGGGAUUGGGAGGGGCAAUGAAUCCAGGUUCCAGACAGAUCUAUUUGACAUUUCCAGCUGAUAGCACAUUUAGAGAAGAAGAUGUUUCAAAUUACUUCAGCAUUUAUGGGCCAGUGCAAGAUGUGAGGAUUCCUUACCAGCAGAAGAGAAUGUUUGGGUUUGUUACCUUUGUGUAUCCAGAGACAGUGAAGCUUAUAUUGGCUAAAGGGAAUCCUCAUUUCGUCUGUGAUUCGCGUGUGCUUGUUAAGCCUUACAAGGAGAAAGGAAAAGUCCCAGACAAGAAGCAUCAGCAGCAACAACAGUUGGAGAGGGGAGAGUAUUCAGCAUGUUCAAGCCCUUCUGGGCUUGAUUCCAGAGAGCCAUUUGACCUCCACCUUGGAACUAGAAUGUUUCAGAAUACCCAGGAGAUGUUAUUGAGAAGGAAAUUAGAAGAACAAGCUGAAUUGCAGCAAGUCAUUGAACUCCAUGGGAGAAGGCUAAUGAACAUGCAACUUCUUGACUUCAAAAACCAUAAUAAUCAUCAAUACACUCAUGGUUUGUCUACUGGGUCUCCUAUUCCUUCACCAACUCUCUCUCGCAAUGCCAGCAACAGUCAGAAUCUCAUUUUCCCUACUGAUGGCAUCAUUCAAGAGGUUCCCCAAGAAAAUGUUGGUAACCCAAAUGCUGCAGCUUCUCAAAAUGCGGUUCUGGAUGCUGAACAGGAAGUGAAACCAGCUAGCUAUCGCUGUGACAGCAAUGGUAAAAGCAAUAGUAGUAGUAGUAGUAGUAGUACAGAUGAGAAGGCCAAUACUGAAGAAUGCCAUCUCCAUGAAAGUCUGGAGCAUAUCCUCCCCGAGAACCUUUUUACUUCUCCUAAGAAAUCAGCUGGCGACCAUACAGUCUUCUCCACAGCUGCUUUGGAGGUAAAUGAGGCGAGUACAUCUUCUUCAAACAAUAACCCCAUAAAUCCCACCAAUUCUCUCAACAUGACUUCACUCAAUUCAUGUUUUCUCCAAAUGCCCAGGAUUUCUUCUGGGCAUGGAACCAUUGGCUUGUAAUUGGCAAAGGUGAGCAUGGCCAGCAAUGGGGAGAUGGACUUUGCUAGGAAAUAUUGGAAAAGCAUUAUACAAGGAAGAAAAAGAAAUCCUCUAGCUGUAUAGCCAAAAACCAUACAACAAAGAAAAAGAUCUGUAGACAAGAUCUCAGCAAGAUCAUCAUCAUCAUCAAUACAUACUACUUACAAUGAAUACAUAAUGCAUACAUAAAAGGACAGAUGAUCUGAUAUAUAAAAGUGGGGUCUUUCUGUUUUACCUCACUGUGUAGUGUACUCUCUUCUCUGUAGGUAUAUGUGUGUGUGUGUGUGUUUGUGCUGGACCACACAGCAAAUAGCAGAAGAAACAAAAGGCUAGUAGUAACUCUCUCUCUUAUCAUCUGUAAUUUAGUCUUUUUACUUUGUUUACCAUCCUUAGCUUCUUGUUGAGAUGAAAAGAAACAAUAGAAGAAGAAGAAAUUGAAUCAUAUAUAGAAAUUGAGGUUCUUGUA